AUGGAGCGCGGCAAAAGUAGCUUGCAAGGAGUUGGAGUUCCUAGCUUGCAAGGAGUUGGAGUUCCUAGCGGAGUUGUAGAUCAAGGAGUGAGUCAAGGAGCAGCUGCUGGUACUGCACUCCCUCCACUUCGAAAAAGGAAACUUAAUGCUAGUGGUAGUAGAAAAACUUCUACGGUUUGGGAAGAGUUUAACAUUUUACCGGAUGAGCCUGAACCUAUAGCCGCGUGUAAACACUGUCAUAAAAGGUACCGAUGUGACCCUAAAACACAUGGUACUUCUAACAUGCUAGCUCACUCGAAAGUGUGUUACAAAAACCCUGCCCUUUUGUUGAAAGACCCCAAUCAGACAAACCUUGUAAGCGGCGAGGGUGGGUUUUUAGUUCCAACUAGUCAAAGGUUUAAUGCUGCAGCCUGUAGGAAGGCCAUUAAUACCUUUGUUAUCCUUGAUGAACAUUCCUUUAGAGUGGUUGAGGGUGUUGGUUUUAAGCAAAUGUGUAAACAAUUGCAACCCCAAAUGGAUAUCCCUACUAGGAGGACCGGUUGCACUAACCAUAGACUGUUGGACUUCGAUACAAAACCUUAG